AGAGAGAGAGUGGGGCUUGUGCUCACCAAUGCAGGGUUCAAACUCAUGAACCAUGAGAUCAUAAGCUGAGCCAAGGUGAGAUGCUUCAUGACCGAGCCACCCAGGCACCCCCUCCUCCCUUCCUGAGUGAUCAGCCUCGAAACCCCCUCCUUCCGAUUGGAAGUGCCGAAGUAGGCAACGUGUGUGAUGAGUUCUGCAACACUCCAGAGACAGGCAGCCCUCCCACGGAAGGAGCAAUCAGGUAUAACUCCCUGGAGGAGGAGGAGGACUCAGUGUGGACCGUCUGCCAGUGAGCUCCGGGCCAUCCUGCUCUAUAUGCCAGCCUCCUGGGAGGCAGCAAACCCUCUGAUGAGGCCGAGGGCAUCUCGGCAGCUCUGGUCUCAGGAUGAGACCGUGUCCAAGUGUCUCUGGCUGCCCUCAGUGGGGCUUCAGCCCUGGGACGAGCCUGCACAAGAUGGACAGAGCAGGUGCCAGAGAACAGGCAUGUUUAUGAGAUGUUUAAUUUAUCCCACAGGUAUUUAUUUUUUUUUCUUUUUUUUUUACUGUAAUUUAUUGUCAAGUUAGCUAACAUACAGUGCAUGCAGUGUGCUGUUGGUUUCGGGAGUAGAUUCCUGCGAUUCAUCCCUUACAUACAACACCCAGUGCUCAUCCCAGCAGGUGCCCUCCUCAAUGUCCACCACCCAUUUCCCCCUCCCCCUAGACCCCCAUGUACCCUCAGUUUGUUCUCUGUAUUUAACUGUCUCUUAUGGUUUGCCUCCCUCCCUCUCUGUAACUAUUUUUUUCCUUUCCCCUCCCCCAUGGUCUUCCGUUAAGUUUCUCAAGUUCCAGUCUCCGACUGACUUAUUUUACUCAGCAUAAUACCCUCCAGUUCCAUCCACGUUGCUGCAAAUGGAAAGAUUCCAGUCUUUUUCAUUGCUGGGCAGUAUUCCAUUGUGUAUAUAAACCACAUCCUCUUUAUCCAUUUAUCAGUUGAUGGACAUUUGGGCUUCUUGCACACUUUGGCCAUUGUUGAUGGCACCGCUAUAAACAUCGGGGUGCAUGUGCCCGUAUCCCACAGAUAAUUCUUGAGGACCUACCAGGCGUCCGAUGUUGCUCUAGGUGCUGGGGUCAGAAAUGAAUCAGAGAAGGAUCCUGCCCUCAAGAGUCUUCCACUCGACAGGGAGUGGAAAUGGUUGGGACGGAGACAUCCAGAUUUGAAUCCAGUUCUGUCUGACUUGAAGCUCAGAUCCUCCGAGCUGACAUUGUGCUUUCUCCUCAUCCCCAUACUUAAUCGUUUGUUCAGGGAGUGUCAUUAGGUCACAGCUAAAGCCAGACACUGCUUGGCUGGGCUAGCUCCUGGACAUCUGCGGAGAAAUAAGACCUAAAUCCCUGAACAUGGAUGAGCUCACCCCGGGAGAGGUGCAGACAGAGCGGAGCAGACUCCGAGGGCAGAUCCCUUGAAAACACCUGCAUUUGGGGGGCUGAGCAGCGGAGGGCAGAUGGCUGAGAGUGGCCCUCUUAAGGCCAGAGAGAGAAGGAGGGCUGGGGGGUGAAGCCCAAGUUUGGGCAACACCAGGCUUUGGGGGGGAUCCCUGGGAGCUGCCUCAGGGACACAGCAGAGGGUUCAGGCAGCAAAGCAUUCAGACAGAAGUGGGUGUUGAACCAGUGGAGGCUUCUCAGUCCAGAAAUUUGGCUUUUUAAAAAAAUAUUGAUUUUUGAGACAGAGAGAGAGAAAGACAGAGCACGAGCAGGGGUGGGGCAGAGAGAGAGGGAGACACAGAAUCCCAAGCAGGCUCCCGGCUCUGAGCUGUCAGCACAGAGCCUGACGCGGGGCUCGAACCCACGGACCAUGAGAUCAUGACCUGAGCCGAAGUCGGAGGCUCAACUGACUGAGCCACCAGGCGCCCCUGGAAGUCUGGCUUUUAGAGUGGAAAACAAAACUGGAGAGACAGGUCUGCAGAGGCAAGGGAUGUUUUCCUCUCUCUUGCUUCAUUGUGUUUUGUUUGGGAUGGUGAGGCCCCGGAGUGUCAGUAGGAGGAGGAAGGAACAGGGGAGUUGUCACCCCCUGACAUACUGGCCCAUAUUUAUUUGAUGCCUUUGCUAUCUGUUCCCUCAAGCCGAAGGGAAGCUUGCGGGGGCUGAGCCUCGGUCUUGUUCACCGUGACCCCCCCAUCCCCCCGCCCAGGGCCUUGCAUGUGGCAGAUGGUCAGUAAGCACUUUCUUGUAUUGAACUGGAUUCAUAGGGUUCCGUGGGAUGCCCAGCGGUUAGGUCACGGGACGACAAGGGCCCUGAGGCCUGGAAGGAGGGGCUUCUCUCUGACGCAGCCGUGAGCAGAGGAAGGAGAGCAAAGAAGGCAAGAGCGACGAGACAAAGGAACUCACACUCACGUCUUCUCAGAAAAGUGUGCGCACAUGGGUCAGGGACUGGGCGGGGGCAUGGAUUAACAGAAGUGAACAGAGCAUAGUAACAGCUACCCAUGUUCGUCCAGAACACUCUAGAAGGCUACUCAUCAUUUGCUUACCAGCAUUAUUUGGCCACUGCUCUGUUAUAAAUGCAUCCAUUCACUUUGUCAUCCUAACAAGGACACUGAGGCAGGCCAAUUACAGUCGGCCCGAAGCAGCUGUGGCUCGUAGUGGGGAAGCCAGGAUUUGAACCCAGGACUCGAAGUUGCUCUAGAGUCUGUGAUGCCAACCCGUGAGCCUCACACCUCCCUACCCGGCCUUGUUUUAUGUAGCUGGUUCGCCACGAGCCUCUGGGGCGGCAGGGAGGCAUUAUUCUCAUAGUUCACAGCAACAAACAGAGAGGUGUGGUGACUUGGCUGGAGCCACACAGCUACUGAGCGGCCGAGCGGGGAUGCCAGCUUGCCCGUCUCUAACUGCAAGCCUGGAGGGUUCUCCUUCCCAGGGAGAAGGAAUGCGGGAAUCCCGUGCCAGUCGGAGUCAGGUGCCAACAGGGAGGUGCAAGCUGGGCUCGAGGGACAUUUUCCAGCAUCUCCAGAGUGCGGCUUUCACAGGCUCCUGGGUCUCCCCAGCUUAGGAACAGGGCGAGGGUUGGCAAGUCAGCAACAACAGGAAGAGGACGAGGGGAGAGUCCGGGAGGGGUGCCUCCUGGCUGCCACGGCCGUCCCUGAGUUGAGGCCCAGCGAGACGGGAUGAAAUGUGAACAGGGGACGUGGGCUGGAGGACUCCAUAGAGACGCAGCGUGGAGGGCGGAGGGGAGGCUGCCCUGGGAGGGGGAUUCCAGCCUCCCCGCCCCCGUGGAGAAGCCUGGACUGUGGGCGGCCCAAGCCAGACCCUCUCCAGCGUCUCUACUGAAAGCCACCGAGGCACUGUGAACCCUUCAGGAAAUAGCUGCUUCUGAACAGAGAGGGACCAAGCCCCCGGGGGUCUUGAGGGGAGAGGCAGGCCCUUCUAGGUGAGCCGUCGGUCCCGGAGCCAUCCGGUCAGGAGCGUGGGAGGCUGGCAGAGAGGCCUUUAAAACCUGCAGGCCCAGCCCCUGCCCCUGCUGCAGGCCUGACACGGAGAGAAGGUCUUCCUGAACCCCAGAGAUGAAAGGCCUUCUCACGCUGGCUUGGUUCCUGGCUUGUAGUGUGCCUGCUGUGCCAGGGGGCUUGCUGGACCUCAAGUCCAUGAUUGAGAAGGUGACCGGAAAGACCGCCCUUACGAACUACGGCUUCUACGGCUGUUACUGUGGUUGGGGCGGCCGGGGGACCCCCAAGGACGGCACCGAUUGGUGCUGCUGGGUGCAUGAUCACUGCUACGGGCGGCUGGAGGAGAAAGGCUGCCACAUCCGGACACAGUCAUACAAAUACAGAUUUGCACGGGGACUGGUCACCUGCGAGCUCGGGCCCCUCUGCCAAGUGCAGCUCUGUGCCUGUGACCGGAAGCUCGUCUACUGCCUGAAGAGGAAUCUGAGGAGCUAUAAUCCUCGUUACCGAUACUUUCCCAACAUCCUCUGCUUCUAGUGGCCCUCAGUGAGCUCCUUGCUCCCUUCUCCUCCCACACGGAGCUCACCGACUCCCCUGGGUUCCCGAGAGAGGCUCGCAGUCCUGGACCUCCUUCUCUCUCCAUGGUCCACGGGGCUUGGCGGAGCCCCACGGCCACACUCCACGCUCCAGAGAGUCCCAGGAGAAUGACUCUGGUCCCAGGACCCCGCAAGGUCCACUUGUGAGGUGGGCUCGCCCAAAGCUCCAGGCCAGCUGUCUUCCCGCUUGCCCUGAAGACAGCACCCCUUCUCCAGGAAGAUACAUUUACUUUGCAGUUUCUGUAGUCGGACUAUCACUACCACCCUCUAGAGAAUUUUUACUCAAGGUAGAAGCAAAAUUGACCCCCUAAUUCUGCCAUAGAGAUGUUUGAAAACAUUAUUCUCUACAAAGA